ACGACAUUUAAAAAUAAUAGUCGAAAAAAGUAGGCUACAAAUUAUUUAUGUUCAGCAGCAGAAAAUUGUUUUAAUUUUCACAAACUAGGCCUAUUCGCAAACCAAUUAGAAAUUAAUUCGUAAUUCAGUCUGAACUUCGUUAAACAGUUUGGAUAUGCCAUUAAUUAUCUUUCACUGUCAAUAUAACAAAACAAGUGAGCGAGGAUCUUUCCAUUUCUUUUCUAGACCACGUGAUCCUGGCCUCGGUUGGACUGGAUAGAGAUGGAUUUCCACGUCAUCUUACGUCUCAAAAUUUCUGCCUCGCGGAUACCCCUACAACUCGGGUAAAAGGCACGCGCACAUGAGAGCUAUGUUGUGGGCGUUGCGUAUAGGUCUCGCUAGCCCAAGCUAGAAGCUGCGCGGGUACAAUGAUGGAUUUUGACGAGAGGGUUUCCGUUGGGUCCAACAUGUAUCUGCCCAGCUGCACGUAUUACGUUCCGGGGGCUGAUUUCUCCACGUUGCCCUCUUUCCUUUCCCAAAGUCCGUCUUCUCGUCCAGUUACCUACUCUUACUCCUCUAACCUGCCUCAGGUACAGCACGUCAGGGAGGUUACAUUCCGAGACUAUGCUAUUGACGCGUCCAGUAAAUGGCCUCACAGGGGUCCUCUGGCUCAGUGUUAUCCGUCGGAGGACAUAGUACACAGGGAGUGUUUACCAGCAACAACGACAGUCGGUGAAAUGUUCCCCAAGAAUAAUGCAUCUGCGUAUUUUCACGCAUCGAACUCGACAUCCGCGUCCAAUUUCUACGGCAAUGUUGGAAGAAACGGGGUGCUUCCUCAAGCAUUUGACCAGUUUUUUGACACCGCCUACGGAGGUUCGGAUAGUGUAGCGAACAGCGACUAUGCAGCGAGGGAUAAAAUGCACUCCAGCAAACAGCCAGCGCCAGCGCCAGCGCCCGCUCCGGAUUCCGAAUCCGAAAGAAAGGAGCGACAGGAGACCAGUAGUCCCGAGUCUUCUUCCGGAAACAACGAGGAAAAGAAUAGUGGUGCAAGCAGUGGACCCAGGGUUCGCAAGAAGAGAUGUCCCUAUACAAAAUUUCAAAUCCGCGAGCUCGAGAGGGAAUUUUUCUUCAGCGUGUACAUCAACAAAGAGAAACGACUUCAGCUCUCAAGGAUGCUUAACCUCACCGAUCGCCAAGUGAAAAUUUGGUUCCAGAACCGGCGGAUGAAGGAAAAGAAACUAAAUCGGGACCGGUUACAGUACUACAGUACCAACCCACUGCUUUAGGGCAAGGAAAUAACAACAGAUACAAUGCUACAGCUGCAGUAAUGAGAUCACAUAGGAGAGCUUAAACAGACUCUCAGCGGUUAACUUCAAGUUCGUGACAAGGCACCCAUUCACGUGUAUACAUUUAUUGAGAGCAUAUAGGACAUUGAAAUUCACAUUUUAAAUAAGGGAUGUUUGUGCUCGUGAUAGAUUAAUGUACACAAUUUUUGUCGAACAGAAAUUAUUUAAUUAAGAGCUCGUGAUACACACUGAACGUGGACUAUUCCGCUUGCAGAUGUUAUGGACUAUAUGCGAGGAUGAAAUAUUUGGGUCUAAACAAGAAAAUGCUUUUGACAAGCCAUUCGUAUGGCAUGUUCAUUGUUGUGGAGGAAUGUUGUAGUCUACAGGUUGGCCUAAUGACUUUGGUGUGACCAAAUAUAUAUAUAUAAAAAAACUGCUAUAAUGUUAGCGUGACUGAUCCCAGUUUCCAAAUUAUUUAUACGAUUUGCCACCAAAUAUAAUUGUCAUCCGUCGUUGUUAGUGAACGUCUUUAAGCAAUAAUACGUUCUUCUACGGCCGUCUCUCGGGAAUGUAAACGACUCAUUACACACAAAUUGUGUACGGACUAAAAUUUGAUCAUCCAAAGUUUUCACUUGCUGCAAACUCUGUGAACAACAGAAAUAAAACGGACAGUGAGGUUGACCCAAAGGAGAACAUGCAAUCUAGGUGAAUCUCAUAAACAUUUUUGGACUCGAAAUUGGUCAUCUUUAUGAAGUGGACUCUUUCAGGCUUAAGAAAUAACGUUUUAACAAUAACCUUAUUCGCCCAUGUUCUAUUCUGCACCGCUAUGGUUUGGCUGAUUGUAAUCCAGAAAAUCAUCUUUAUGACAUUUACUUUUACUUGUAGUAAAUUAAAUAAUUAAAGGGGCACAAUAUUUGUAGUAGCCUGCACCGUUUUCUUUUCAAAUAUAUAAUUGUGUACAUAUGUUUUAUGCAUGA